AUGGCAAUGGAUUUGAGAGUGGGGAAUAAAUAUCGAAUAGGAAGGAAGAUUGGUUCUGGCUCCUUUGGCGACAUUUAUCUUGGUACUAAUAUCAUUAAUGGUGAAGAAGUUGCCAUUAAACUUGAAUCGACCAAAGCUAAACAUCCACAAUUAGAAUACGAAGCUAAAGUAUACAAAACACUUGCCGGUGGUGUGGGCAUCCCGUUUGUGCGCUGGUACGGCACAGAAUGCGAUUACAAUGCAAUGGUGAUUGACCUACUCGGUCCAUCAUUGGAAGAUUUAUUCAACUUUUGUAAUCGUAAAUUUUCAUUAAAAACAGUAUUGUUAUUGGCCGACCAAUUGAUAUCUCGCAUUGAAUAUAUUCAUUCCAAGAAUUUCAUUCAUCGAGACAUUAAACCAGAUAACUUCUUGAUGGGUAUUGGCAAACGUGGCAAUCAAGUUAACGUAAUUGAUUUUGGACUUGCAAAGAAAUAUCGUGACCCAAAGACACAUUUGCAUAUUCCAUACAGAGAAAAUAAGAAUUUGACAGGCACAGCUCGAUAUGCUAGUAUCAAUACUCACUUGGGAGUCGAACAAUCCCGUCGUGACGAUCUGGAAUCCCUUGGGUACGUGAUGAUGUACUUUUGUCGUGGUUCACUUCCAUGGCAAGGUCUGAAAGCUGCCACCAAAAAGCAAAAAUAUGAUCGUAUCAUGGAGAAAAAGAUGACCACGCCAACAGAACUCUUGUGCCGCGGAUUCCCAAAUGAAUUCGCUAUCUACUUGAAUUAUACACGUUCACUUCGGUUCGACGAUAAGCCGGACUAUAGUUACUUAAGAAAAUUAUUCAGAGAUUUGUUUGUUCGUGAAGGAUUCCAAUAUGAUUAUGUGUUCGACUGGACGAUUUUCAAAUACGAUAAAGAAGCUAAAGGACAACACGCGCCAAUGGCAAUCGCCGAUGAAACACCAAAUGAUCAAGGUGAAGAUGAUCGCAAAGACACCAAACGUGUGCCAUCAUCUUCUCGACAAGCUAAUGCAGGAAUUACUACGGAUCAAUCAGCUCCUUCGAUGCGCCGUCCUAACAAGGGACCAAUUCAUGGUAAUCCGCCGAUUAGUUCUACACGGCAAUCUGCAGCAUCACCCACUCAAAUCGUAUCUGGAGGAAAUUCAAGAGUAACAUCAGUUCCAAGGCGUAAAAUGGCAAUUGGUCAAGAGACAAAUGCUGUUCCAUUAGAUAAUACUCGAGUGGCAGCGGGUUCCGAUCGACUCCUUCGUAGUCAAACCAAAAAUCAGGCGCAACCCGGAUAUAACGUCAAUUCAUUCCGAGUCAAAAGAGAAGACCCAUCGUCCGGAAGUGGCGGAUGGUAUUAA